UUAGGUCUCAGCUGUUUAUGCUAACUCAUGAAAAAUUUAGGUGUAGAUAUACAGUUUUUAAAAAGAUAUGUCCAGUUUGUACGUCUGCUCCGAUGCAGGGCUGCUCAACUCUUUUUCUUACCUCUGGCUUUCUCAAGUCGCACUCUACAGAAAAACCAACUGAUUUUGCAGUCGACAACGAUCUGAAUAUGACAACCAUGAACUGGCAUACUCUCUUCGUUGCUAUGGUUGCGCUCGUCGCGGCUGACGAAAAAUGCUUGGAAGGCCCCCACCACAAAGAUAAACCAUCACCAGAGGGAGAUGGCUACGUUGAAUGUUUGUCUUGGAAACAAUCAUCCUGUUGUCUAGCGAACGUAACGCAGGAGAUCGCCACACACAAAGCUAAAAACCUCUACAACUAUCACUGGGAUCGUUGCGGCACCCUGUCCCAAGCCUGCGAGUUAUACAUCAAGGACGAAGAGUGUUUUUACCAGUGUGAACCUGCUUUGGUACGCUUUCCGGCUGCAAAGAAGGGCUACGUCAAAGGAAUUCCCAUUUGCGCCAAGUAUUGUAACGACUGGUUUGAGGCCUGUAAGAAUGACCUUACUUGCGUUGUGGACUGGCUCGCUGACUUCAACUACACCACAGGAGAGAAUCACUGCCCAACAGGGUCCCAAUGUCGCACCUUCACUGAGGUGUACAAAAAUGGCCAGGGGCUUUGUGAAAGAAUGUGGGGGGAAGCUUUCACCUAUGAAACUUCUAAUAACUGCAUGGUUAUGAAAUUCGAUUCGACCAAGCCCAAUCCAAACGCGCAAGUUCAGCCCAAAUCGAGCAAAGCCUCGCGCUUGCAUUUUGCAUGGGCUGCAAAUGUCUUUGUUAUUUUCUCCCUUCUUCGUUAGAUAGUGCGCUUUCUUAAUUUCAAGUGGUUUGGUUCAAUGCCACAUGCAUUUUGGAAAAAUAAGAGCUUUAAUACAGGUUUGACAUAGAUAUUAAUAUGACUCUCCUAACAAUGACGUUGUCCAGUUUUAUCGGCGAAGCCCUGGUUACAGGUGAUCCAGUGGUUUUGUGUCAAUCUCAUUUUGUCUUCGUUGCAGGUAGCAUUUUAUUUGAAAUCUCAAAUGUUUUAUUGUUUACCGGACUGCAAACGUGAAUGCACGUUCUACUUUGUUUAUUAGAUAAAUUCUACUAUGUAUUUAAACUUAACUUUGAUUUAUCAUUUUUAAGGUUAUGUGGAUUUUAUGCGUUUAGCUAACAUGGUUUUAUUCUUUCAUUUUCUUUUGCAUAAUAAAGGAGAAGAUAUAUGGAAUGUG